ACCCCUCCCGGCUUCUGGCCAGCAUGAUGAUGAAGAAGAAGAAGUUCAAGUUCAAGGUGGACUUCGAACUCGCGGAGCUGUCAUCCGUGCCCUUCGUUAACGGGGUGCUCUUCUGCAAGAUGAGGCUACUGGAAGGUGGCAGCUUCGUGGCCGAGUCCCCCAGGGAGGUGGUGCAGGCAAACUGUGUUCACUGGAGGAAGAAGUUCUCGUUUAUGUGUAAAAUGAGUGCAAGUGCCACCACAGGCAUCCUGGAUCCCUGUGUCUACAGAGUGUCUGUGAGAAAGGAAUUAAAAGGUGGAAAAGCUUAUGCCAAGCUGGGCUUUGCUGAUCUAAACCUGGCAGAGUUCGCUGGAUCAAGAAACACCACUCGUCGCUGUUUACUGGAAGGCUAUGAUACCAAAAAUACAAGACAGGAUAAUUCCAUUCUUAAAGUUUUGAUCAGUAUGCAGCUGAUGUCUGGUGAUCCAUGUUUUAAAACGCCUCCUUCAACAUCCAUGUCCCUGCCUAUUGCUGGGGAGUCGGAAUCUCUGGAAGAAGACAGAAAAGGUGGGGAGACUCUCAAGAUCCAUCUUGGAAUUGGAGAUCUUUCAGCGAAGAGUGCCUCUGUUCCAGAUGAACUUGGUGCCUGUGGACAUUCAAGAACAUCAAGCUAUGCAAGCCAGCAGUCUAAAGUAUCAGGGUAUAGCACAUGCCACUCCCGGUCAUCAAGUUUCUCUGAGUUCUGCCAUAGGAGAAAUACAUCUGUGGGUAGCACCUCAACCGGGGUUGAAAGUAUUCUCGAGCCAUGUGAUGAAACUGAGCAAAAACUAGCUGAACCAAAUUUGGAUACUGCUGACCAAGAAGACACAACCUCAGAAACACUUGUCAGAUGCCCAGUAAAACAAGACUCUGUAGAAUCUCAACUGAAGCGAGUCGACGACACCAGAGUGGAUGCAGAUGAUAUUGUGGAGAAAAUAUUGCAGAGUCAAGACUUCAGCCUGGAUUCCAGUGCGGAAGAGGAAGGACUGAGGCUCUUUGUAGGCCCUGGGGGAAGUACAACCUUUGGUAACCAUCAUCUUCCAAACAGAGUGAAAUCUGGAGCUUAUGAACAAGUUGUGAUUAAACGCUAGAAGUCAAGACCAUGAGCUGAAGCUUUUUUAAGAUGUGACGACAGCUGAACUCUCAAAGCACUUGAUUCAAGCACUUGGGAGACCAUAGAGCAUGAACCUUGUACAUUGGCCAGGAUUGGGGAAGCUGACACUGAGUUCAAGUGCUGCUGCUCCCCUCUGCACCCACCUGACAGAAAAGCUGCCCAUUUGGGUCACAUGUCCUGUGUGCUCAGAAGCUUCUGGAACUGCAGCAGAUGAUCAGGAAAAGCUGCAUUUCCUUGUAGAAAGAGCUAACCCAUAGAUUGGAGCUCUCAUCACUUAGUUUUACAUUCAAGAGGUAAUAACUGGAUAUAAUUUAGACCCUGUAAUUUCUG